GCGAGCGGCCGGUGCCGGUGAGGCUGCAGCAUGAAGCUGAGCUUGGGCCGCCUGUCCCUCCUCGUGGCCCUGGUGGGAGCGUCAAGCUUCGUCCUCCUCGUGGUGGCCAUCGCGACCGACUUCUGGUACAUCAUCGAUGCCUCCAAGCUGGAGACGUCCCUCAACGGCACGGACGCCCUCAGCUCCCACUCGGGCCUGUGGCGGACCUGCCGCGUGAGGAAUGAAUGUUAUCCUUUGAUAAACCCUUUCUGGCAUGAGAAUGCAAACAUCACUGAUUCACACAGACAGCUUUUAUCUCUUGUUACACUUACUGGGAUCAGUGUUUAUAUUGCAUAUUCAGCUGCUGCCUUCAAAGAAGCUGUCUGCCUCCUGAGGAGUAAGGAUCUCCUGGUAGAAAUUGACAUCAGGUUUGGCUGGUCACUGGCACUAGUCUGGAUCUCCUUUGUCGCAGAAGUGCUCACUGGGGCUGUGUUUCUCCUGGCAGCAAGAGUUGUGGGUCUGAAACAACGACGUGAACAGGUGUUAUGAGCAACAGGUAUCAUUGCAGCAUCAGAACGCCACAGAGCCUAGAAGUGUGGAUUGCUUGGUCCAUCUGGUCACUAGGGGUAAUAAAAUUGGCAAGGCUGUGACUGAGUUUCUUGUCAGCUGCCAUAAACCUUUUUCCUCACAGCUACAAAAAACAAAGAUUCUGAUAAAUCAGUAAAACAUAUGAAGUGUUGUCAAUAAGGAAACUCUUAUGACUUCAGAAGAAAAUACAUUGCAGUGUUAGCAUCUCCAAAAUAGUUUCAUCUGUCAGCAAAUACGGCAUCUCAAACCAUUGCUUAGAACAGGCAGAUAUCUUGCUUUCUUUUCUCCUUUCAGCUGUCCCAGCGAAGUGCCUCA